AUGGCCUGGAUGAUGACUGAAAUAGUCUCUUCGGAUCAGGCUCAGACUCAGGAAUACUUUACACUCCGACGCGUGAUCCGUCUGCUGGGUCUGCCGCCGCAACAUCUCAUCGAUGCUGGCCUGAGAUCGCAAUUAUUUUUUCAGAAAAAGUCUGAUGGUUUGUGGCGGCUGAAGACACCUGGAGAGUAUUUUGAGAGCGAUCUCGUCCACUCCGACCCCACGGUUUACAAGUUGGACUCUCUGGAUGAAAUGAAAACGGUGUAUUCUGAGACGGACAACCCAGCAGAGGCUGAUGAGAGGAGGGAGUGCAUCGAGCUGCUGAAGGCGAUGCUUCAGUGGGAUGAGGACGACAGAAUCACCCCCAGUGGUAUCCUCAACCAUCCUUUCAUCACCAAAAGCUACCUCAACAGCAGCUCCCCCACCAGGAGUUGCGAUGAACCGAAACCCUCCACCAGCAAGUUCAUCAUGGUUAAGCCUGCAGACCCAGAAAACAGAAUUAACCUGACAGGCUUGCCCGAUGAGGACGAUGACCUUAAGAGCAGUGAGCACGAGGACAGUGACGACGCUGACACUGCCGAAGACACCGAGGACAGCAAGGAUGGUUAUGAUGAUGAAGACACUGAAGUCAAUGAGGAGCAGAGAAAGACAAUGAAGAAGAACUGCUUCCAACGUGUCUUCUCUUGGAUUAAGAAGAAGUUCUGCUGCUGCUGUGUGUCCGAUGUGAUGAACUGAGCAGCAGUGAUGGACUGGACUAACAUUUCGGACUCACAGUUCCUGACCUCAGAAUCCUUGG